UCGAACGCUGCCGUAUAAUGUGUGCUUGAAAAGUGAUUUUGAAAAUAUCGAAAACAAUAUUUUUGAAUGAUGUCGUAAGCUUAGAACCACAUACAGGAUGCAGGAGUUGGAAAUUGAUGUGAAAUUAACUUAAUCCCAACCUUAAAUUAAAAUAAAAAAGUUAUGUCAAAAAUGGAUAACAUUUAAAGGAAUUGUUUCUUAUGUUUUAUAUACUGAAACAUUAAUGUUUGGUUUGCGGUAUUCGACUGACCUUAAAGGGGUGAACGGUAAGCCAUAAGCUGAUAUUUGGUACACUACGGUAAGCCAUUGGUUGAUAUGCGGAACAAAGAAAGUAAUAGAAAGAGGGGAAGGGAAUACAUACACUCUCUUGUAAUAACUUCGAAAGUGAUGUAGAAGUAAGAAAUACGUACCCUUUGGUUCACUUAUGAAUGACAUUAGAUAUAAUUUCCUUAUUCGGGUAAUAUAAGGAAGACAAGGAAUAACCUCCUUCAACGAAAAUGACAGCUUAUCCGAAAUAUCGCACAAUACUUUGUCUUUGGAAUAUUUUUGUCUGGUUAAGUAUCUACCAUGUGCUUGGAAUUCAUUUUGACGCGUGUUUAGACGAAAACUAUCCGGACGGGACAAUCUUUGUGAAGGUUUCACUUGAACAAUGCAAAGAACAUUGUGCGGUCCGUAACUGGUGCAAGGUUCUAGCCUACCGUCGCCUGUUUACCCUUUGUACGCUGUACAGGGAGGAGGACAUUAUAUCCAAACUUGAUGGAGAUGAAGAAAUGAAAGUCAAGUCUUGUGUAUAUAUUACACGCGAGGAACUUAAUCUUCAGGAAUCAUUGACCUGUGACAAUCUUUGUCCAAGUUAUCCUGCUACAUGCGAUAUUGCAGACCAGAAGUGUUACAAAGAUGAUUGCCCACGUUUUAAUGAUCCAAACGGCGUUGUCAGAGGGAACAUGAACAGGAACCAAAGUAAAGUCAGUGUGAAAUGUAACUGGAAGAUGCUGGAUGGAAGAUCAACCUAUACCACAACAUGCGAAGCAGGCACAUGGUCGGAAAACCAUCGCUGUAUUAAUGUCUCAACGUGUUCCAACUACAUCGGAGCCUUGGUUCCAGACUCAUCUCUGACCGCUUCGUCAAUGUUCAGACCGGGAUGUGCUCCAAAUAAUUCAAGACUCAAUAUACAGGAAGAGGGUGAUUUGCAUGCAGGAGCAUGGUGCGCAAAUGCAAGCGACCAGAGUCCAUAUAUUCAGAUAAAACUUAAUACGCCAAGUUUUGUUAGAGGAGUUGCAACACAAGGCCGGAAUUUUUAUGACCCUGCUCAAUAUGUCACAGAGUACCAGGUGUCCUUCAGUGAAGAUUGCGAAGAUUUUCAGGACGUUAUGAAUGAAACGAACCAACCAAUGAUAUUCGAAGGCAACACUGACAAGGACACGGUAGUUAUUCAUAUGUUCGAGCAUUGGGUGAAAACAAGAUGUGUUCGAAUUUCCCCAAAAAGCCAUGUCCGACAUAUAUCGCUUCGGUUUGACGUCAUUGGAUGCCCAGACUGGAAUGUCAUGUUCAUUGGGAUACCUAGCAGAGGGGGACUUGUAGAAGACUGGUUGACUACCGGUUUCAACACGACUUCAGAUCUAUCUUGUUUCUAUGAAGGAAAUGAACACAACUGCUCUCUUCAUUACAGAAAUCCGUUGGUGGAUAAGUGGACAGAACUGCAUGUAUCAAUGGUCAAGUAUGCUCUGUACAAGAACGGAAACGAGGUAGCCUACGUCAUAUUUAAUGCUACCGGAAGUAACGUCACAAGUUGGUUUCAAUCUGAAAGAAUUCUAAACUCUUCAUGGACUGGACUUAGCGCAACAGCCGAUUUUAUUGAAGCAACUGGUAUAUAAUUUGUAUACAAGUACGUCUCAGUAACCAACCGAAAUGGACCUUGCCGAUAAGGUGGUGAUAUAUGUAGCCUUUGACUAGUUCAAUCGACAUGGUUGCCCUUAAGCAAAAGAAAAAAAGCGUCUUCCUAGACAACACCAGAAGCCCAUCUGUCAUCUAUCUUUUGUCCACCAGAAUAAAAUACGUAUGGACUACAGCCGUACACUUAUUAUUGCACAUAAACAACUAACAUCAAUAAUGUAUUUUGUCUUUAGAUAGUUUACGAUUGAGUGUUGCAUGCGUAUUUGGAACGAGUGUAUCUCAAUCUAAAAGAAAAUGAAAAAAAUAUUAAAGGGUCUUUUAAAAAAUUACAUUAUGUUGUUUGUUCCACUGAGUUUUCGAGUAAAUUGGCAAUUUCUGUUAUUGUGUACAGACUUUAUUGGUUGCAUAUUCGAUAAUGAAAUGUUACUCUUGUAUAUUUUUCUUUUUAUUAUCCGUGCUGUUUAAAAAGACGUUUGCCUGAAGUGAUAUUGUUUAAAAAGACAUUGACUUGAAGUGAUAUUGUUUAAAUAGACGUUGACCUGAAGUGAUAUUGUUUAAAUAGACGUUGACUUGAAGUGAUAUUGUUUAAAUAGACGUUGACUUGAAGUGAUAUUGUUUAAAUAGACGAUGAAUGGAAGUGAU